CCACCACCACCACCUCUAUUGGCGCGCCUUCCUACGAUCUCAAUCCUCAGCCUAGCCUCGCCCCACCCCUCUGCAGAGUAGUACACGCAGACCCGGUGCUCUUCCGCUCCUUGUCCUCUUUCAUCUCCUUGGCUACUGCCUCGCAACCAUGUCCCUCAUGGCCGACGUGGACAUGCAGGGCGUGCCCUCCUCGCCCCCGCCGGACCGCUCCAUUGCAGGUCAGCCCAUGAGUGCUCCGGAGCCUGCUCCGCUCAGUCCUUCAGGUCAUCACGACGAUCCUCCUUCGGCUUCUCGAGGCACCAAUACCGUUGGUGGCGGUGGGGUGGGGAACAUAUUCGAUGAUGAUGACGAUGAUGAGGAGGACAAGAAUGCUACCGCCCGAGGGACCAAUGGAGCUGGAGCCGGAGCAGGAGCAGGAGCAGGCAUGAUGGAAGAGGAAGAAGAAGAUGACGAAGCUGACGAGGAAGAGAUGCGUCGCAGGAGACGUCGUCGAGCUCGUGAAGCUGAUGAGGAAGAAGUGUACGAAUCGGAACAACGUCGUAAGAAGAAGUCUCGAAACCGAGGUGGUGAUGAUGCAGGGGAGGAGGAGGAGGAGGAGGAGGACGAUGAGGAUGCAGAUGGAGAGACGCAAGAUCAGACUGGAGAAAUGUCACAAUCUAUGGCUCUGGAGGCCAAGAGACGGAAGCUGGACGAGGAUAUUGCCAAGGCCGCCAAAGGUGGACGCAAGAAGAUCAAGCGUAGGAAAAAGGGAGACGAGGAAGACUUGGGAGCAGCGGGAGAUUUAGAGGUGAAUGAACUCAGACAGGAUAUGCUCACAGCGGCAGAGGAUGAUGCGAUUGCAAACGAGGAGCGAAAGCCAGCUCUGGCAAAGUUGAGGAUGUUGCCACGGGUGGUAGAUGGUCUGCAAAAAUCACACUGGCAACAAUCCAUCUUCGACUCCAAUCUUCUAGAGGCAGUACGUCGUUUCCUCGAGCCACUCCCAGACAAGUCUCUCCCUGCGCUCAAUAUCCAACGCGAGCUAUUUGCGGCUCUGGAGAAGCUCUCGCCUGCAAUCGAUACCAUCUCCCUCAAGAUGAGUGGGUUGGGUAAAGUAGUCAUGUUCUACAGCCGUAACAAGCGUGUGGAGGGAGACCUGAGGAGGAGAGCAGAUAGACUGAUUGAAAUGUGGUCCCGCCCCAUCCUCAAGCGCUCCGCCUCGUACCGCGCCAUGGAGAUCACUCGCAAAGCCUACCACGGCGCCUCUUCCCAAUCCCAAUCCACGCGAGCCCUCAUGGAUUCUCAAUCCCAAUCCCAAUCCCAAUCUCAAGAUAGCGGUAGACGCAACGUCUCUAUACCUCAACCAGUCAUGGGAGGAUUCAAAAUUGCACCACAGAGCUCCCUUGGUAGUGGUGGUGGUGGAGAUGGGGAGAGUGGAGUGGGAGGGGGUGGUGGAGAUGAGAGGUUUAGAGCUGCUGCUGCUAGUAGAGAUCGAUUGAAUGCAUUCAAGAGAAAGGUCAAGGAGGGAAAGAGGAGGUGAGGUGAGGUGAAGAGGAGGCGAGGAGAAGAGUAGCGGUAGAGUAGAGUAGAGUUCAGAAGGACGAUGCAGUCUUGUCAACUCAAUCCCAUCUCUGAAAUCCACGGAAAUCCACGGAAAUCCACGCAUUGGCAAACCAUCUAG